CAAUGUGCGGAAAGAAAUGUGGUGACGCGGUGAGAAUCGCAGUAAUAAGGUGCGAAAAGAAAAGCGGCGAGGCUCACAGUUGGAAAAAUGAAGUGCCCGUACUGCUCGGCGGCGCAGGGCCGCUGUGCGACGACGAGCAGCGGGCGUUCGAUCACGGAGUGCACGUCUUGCGGGCGCGUGAUGGAGGAGCGGCAGUCGCAUCCUCACCACGUGUUCCACAUGCGCGCCCAAGACAACCCUCUGUGUCUGGUUACAUCGGAUCUCCCUCUUCCUCUCAAUCAGAACGAGGACGAGGACCCUUUCGAGCCCACGGGCUUCAUCACUGCCUUCUCCACGUGGUCCCUGGAGCCCAGCCCACUUUACCUUCAGUCCUCCCUCUCCUUCUCCGGCCACCUCGCCGAGCUUGAACGCACUCUGGAAUCCUCCUCUUCCUCUUCCUCUUCUUCUUCGUCAACGGUUGUGGUUGAUAAUCUGAGGGCCUACAUGCAGAUUAUCGAUGUGGCGUCAAUUCUAGGGUUGGACUGCGACAUUUCCGACCACGCUUUUCAGUUGUUCAGGGAUUGUUGCUCCGCUACGUGUUUGAGAAACCGGAGUGUGGAGGCGCUUGCUACUGCCGCUCUUGUUCAGGCCAUCAGAGAGGCCCAGGAACCCAGAACCCUUCAGGAAAUUUCAAUUGCAGCCAAUGUACAGCAAAAGGAAAUUGGGAAAUAUAUUAAGAUACUGGGAGAGGCUUUGCAGCUAAGUCAACCUAUUAACAGCAAUUCCAUUUCAGUUCAUAUGCCAAGAUUUUGCACGCUUCUUCAGCUCAAUAAAUCUGCCCAGGAACUGGCUACUCACAUUGGAGAGGUCGUGAUCAACAAAUGCUUCUGUACUCGCAGGAAUCCUAUUAGCAUCUCAGCUGCUGCUAUAUAUUUGGCUUGCCAACUUGAAGACAAGCGCAAAACCCAGGCAGAAAUUUGUAAGGUGACUGGUCUUACUGAAGUCACUCUCCGUAAAGUGUACAAGGAACUAUUGGAAAAUUGGGAUGAUUUGCUUCCCUCUAAUUACACCCCAGCUGUUCCUCCAGAGAGGGCAUUUCCCACAACGAUAAUUGCUUCUGGCCGUUCUUCAACAGUUAAGGCUGAUGCUGUAGAGGCUAUUUCUUCUUUGGACUCAGAAAAGUUGACGGAUAUUAAACCUAGCAAAGCCAAUGAGGUCUCAGGCCUAGUUCAUCAGCCCAAAGGGAAGGAUGAGGCUGAAGGUAAAAGCAAUGCACAUGGAAGCCAUUCCACACUGAAUCAACAGUCAACUUUUUGGCAAUCCCAGCUUCCCAGUGGUACCAACAAUCAUCAGAAUGUUUUACAAGGAAUGGAUAUUGAUGUAUUGCAGAGAAGCCACCAACAGCCUGAACACAUGGCAGAGGAUACAAAUGGUUCUGCAAACGGUAAUGCGUUAAAAUCAAGCCAACUUUGCAGUCCUCCUGCUUCGAGUGCAAGUUCUGUUAUGAGACCAUUUUCAGCUCCCCCUUCAGCCGGCCCUUCAAAUGUUCGAUUAGGACAGUCACCUAAGAUAAUGCCAGGUUUUCCGGAGCACUGAAGAACAAUGAAUCAAUAUGCUUGGGAAAAUAUAGGUUAUAGUGCCAACACCAAACCUAGAACGGAUAAAAUUAGUUUGUCACUUUUAAGUAAUCUAUUGUAUAUAUUCACAUUAUGUCAUUUGAUUCAAUUCUGUGUUGUGAACUUGAUGGUAUUGCAAGAACCUAGAGCUAGAAAUUCAUCGAUAACUUAACACCAAGGGUUUGAAACCUGUUUGGGUCACUGCAAUUGGGGUUCACAUCUUCUAAAGCGUGAAAUUAAGGAAGAAUUUAUGUCUUUUAUGUUCAA